AUGGAGGCACCACCACGGCUCUUGAACUGCAGCAAGCCCUUCAAGGACGAACAGAUAUCAAACCUUCUGGAACGACUAAUUUCGGCCGGCGCAGCACAGCCUCAACCAGUGCCAACGUUCCAGGUCGAGAACUCCGGAGAUUGUAAAACACUGACAACAAAGGAGGGUGAAGAUCUAAAGCCCAAGAUAUCUGCCGGAGCAAUAGAAAAGCCAAAGGACAAGGACGAAGCGGAAGCCCAGGGCAAAGAAAAAACUUACUUUCAACCCAUUGCUGCAAGAAAAGACAGAGAGGCGGAGAGAGUGAUGGAAAAUCUAGAAACGGCGAAAGAAACAGUGGAAAAGGGUGGCGAAGAGAGAAAGAAAAAGGAAGAUGACGAAGAAAUAGCCCAGGGACAAAAGGCGACAUCUAAGGAUAAGAAGGAGGAAGGCGAGGUUGCAGAAGAGGAAAAGCCGAAAGGAAAGCCAAGCCAAUACGACAAAGCGGACGACAAUCUACUGGAAGAAUCGGGAAAAAGUGCCAGAGAGCAUACUCCAAUAAUGUUGAACGAACUGUCCCGGACCGAUUCGAACGAUGUUAGGGAGCCGAAGCAGUGA